CCUUGGAUUUGCAUUUCUUCCUACUGAUUAUAUGUAUAUCUUCAAAUGUACUCGAGGCCGGGAAUUCUCCAAAGGUGAAUUAAAGCGUUUUGGAAACAUCGAAAUCAGCCCGUCAGCUGGAGUCCUGAAUUAUGGACAGGGGUUGUUUGAAGGCUUGAAAGCCUACAGGAAACAGGAUGGUAAUAUUCUACUGUUUCGUCCUGAGGAAAAUGCACUGCGAAUGAGGCUGGGUGCAGAGCGGAUGUGCAUGCCAUCACCAACAGUUGAACAGUUUGUGGAAGCUGUGAAGGCUACUGUUUUAGCAAACAAACGUUGGGUUCCACCUCCAGGUAAAGGUGCCCUGUACAUCAGGCCAUUGAUAAUGGGGAGUGGAGCAGUUCUUGGUCUUGCACCUGCUCCAGAGUUCACCUUUCUGGUUUAUGUGUCACCUGUUGGAAACUAUUUUAAGGAAGGUGUGGCACCAAUACAUCUGGUUGUUGAACAUGAACUGCAUCGUGCAACUCCUGGUGGUACUGGAAGUGUAAAGACCAUAGGAAACUAUGCUGCAGUUCUGAAGGCGCUAUCUGCUGCAAAAGCGAAAGGCUACUCUGAUGUGCUAUACCUUGAUUGUGUCCACAAAAGAUAUCUAGAGGAGGUUUCCGCUUGCAACAUUUUUGUUGUGAAGGAUAAUGUUAUCUCCACACCUGCGAUAAAAGGGACAAUUCUACCUGGCAUUACUCGAAAGAGUAUAAUUGAUAUUGCUCGUAGCCAAGGGUUUCAGGUUUUAGUGCCAAGUACAAAGCAGUCAUCUGGUUUGUCGUAG